AUGGACAAGCUCUGGGACCUCGUCGGCUGGUCCAAACAAAGCACGGCCCGGGACGCACCAGAAGAUGAAGUCUACCCUUUGCAUGCAUUCGAUGACCUUAAGACUAGGCGCAUCUUUGUGACUCGGGUACUGCGCUUCAACGAUGUCCUCAAUGCUGAUAUGCUAAAUACAUCCCUCUCGAGGCUGUUGGAAAUUGGCGACUGGCGAAAAUUAGGUGGCCGGCUGCGGUACAAGGAUGACGGACGGCUAGAGAUUUGUGUGCCCAGACGCUUUACCGCCGAGCGUCCGGCUUUGACAUUCACUCAUGACACAUUCUUGGAUAUGAGCAUUCAUGAGCACCCAACGGCGAGCCGUCUUCAUGAGCCAACGGAAGGCCCAUCAAUUCAAAGUGUGCCUGCAGACCAUCCCCUUUUCGCAUCAGGACCAGACUUCCCCGUGACUGUUGAUGAUAUGGUUCGUAAGGGUCUGCCUCAACUUCAACUCCAUAUCACUUCCUUCAACGACGCAACCCUUGUCGCGCUCGUGUGGCCUCACACAUUGGCAGACGCUUUCGGCGUGCUGGCCCUGCUGAGGAGCUGGUGUCUCAUAUUAGCCAAUCGCGAGGACGAAGUGCCACCAAUGCUUGGGGCCCGAGAAGAUGUUAUACUGGAGGCCGAGAACUCUGUCGAUGAAGGGGAUGCAGAGCAGCAUAAGCUUGAAUCAAUGCGCCUUACCGGCUUGGCGAUGUAUAAAUGGGGUCUGCGACAUCUGUGGAACCAGUUCUGGAGCCCAGCCCAGGAAUCAAGGACCAUAUUUCUUCCGAAGGAUGCUUUUUCUCGAUUGAAGAGCCAGAUUCAACAGGAGAUCGCCGAGACACCAGCGAAGGAUGGGCCAGGGAACUUUGUCAGCGAAGGCGACAUGCUAACGGCCUGGGUCACACACAUUGUGGCAUCAUCUGAACCAACAUCGCAGCCGAUAACUGUCUUAGCAUUUUUCAACUUGCGAGCCAGACUGUCGCCUGUCAUCAACUCUAGGGGUCUGUAUGUUCAAAAUAUGUUGAUAUUGACGUACGCUUUCCUAUCUUCCAAGCUCUUGCAAGGAACGGUAGGCUCGAUUGCCGUGACUCAUCGACGUCAGUUCCAAGAACAAACCACGGAGCGACAGGUUCUUAGCUUCCUACGGACCCUUCGCCAGGAUAUCAACACGACCGGCGAGGAGCGAUACCUGUUUGGAGAGGCAAACUCUCGUCCGAUAAUAUGUAACAACUUCCUCAAAGCCGAGUUCAUCAAAGCCGUCGAUUUCAGCCCUGCGGUCUUACACCCCGGCGAGUCAUCGAACCAUAGAAGUAAUCCCCCAGGCACUGCAGUGGUCUAUUACUACCACGUAUUUGGGUCGCCUUUGGACCGCCUCACGACUUUCUACAUGUUGGGCAAGGAUCAUGCCGGAAACUGCUGGCUUCAGGGAAAUCUACGGCCAGCGGCGUGGGCAGAGAUGCAACAAAGAUUAGAUAAGUUGGGAUGA